CUUGGGAGCAGCGGCGUUGGGCCCUCCACUGCUGGCUGCCUUCUGUAGCAUGCAGUGACAUCCUCCACAGCAUACUGGGAGCCUCCCUUUUCUCUGCAGAGUGAAUGUGCCUUGGAGUGGGUCAGGUUAAAGCAGAACUGUCCCAAGGGGUGGUUGACCCAGUGUCCCAUCUGGAGUGAGUGCUGCCUGUCUUGACCUUCAUACAUUCUUAGCUCAUAGUGGCUGGGGUGGUGGUGGCUUUAGGCUUCUGGCUGGAGACAACUAUGCCAUUCGGCAGUCUUCUCGGACUGCGGUGGCAAAGUCUGAGCUACUGAAGGAGGUGGUCCAGAUACACAGCAAGGAGCUUUGAACUGUCCCGAGAGCCAGCCUUGCCAACAUUCCUCUGACCCCCGAGACCCAGCGGGACCAGGAAAGGCGGAUUCGGCGGGAGAUUGCCAACAGCAACGAGCGGAGGCGCAUGCAGAGCAUCAAUGCAGGCUUCCAGUCCCUCAAGACCCUCAUUCCCCACACAGAUGGCGAGAAACUCAGCAAGGCAGCCAUUCUCCAGCAGACGGCAGAAUACAUCUUCUCUCUUGAGCAGGAGAAGACGAGACUCCUGCAGCAGAACACGCAGCUCAAACGCUUCAUCCAGGAGCUGAGUGGCUCAUCCCCCAAGCGGCGACGGGCAGAAGACAAGGACGAGGGCAUUGGCUCCCCUGACAUCUGGGAGGACGAGAAGGCUGAGGACCUUAGGAGGGAGAUGAUUGAGCUUCGGCAACAGUUAGACAAGGAGCGAUCUGUGCGGAUGAUGCUGGAGGAGCAGGUGCGCUCCCUUGAGGCCCACAUGUACCCGGAAAAACUCAAGGUGAUCGCCCAGCAGGUGCAGCUGCAACAGCAGCAGGAGCAGGUGCGGCUGCUGCACCAGGAGAAGCUGGAGCGGGAACAGCAGCACCUGCGGACUCAGCUUCUGCCUCCUCCAGCCCCGACCCAUCACCCCACAGUGAUCGUGCCUGCACCAGCCCCACCUUCCUCCCACCACAUCAAUGUUGUCACCAUGGGUCCCUCCUCAGUCAUCAAUUCUGUUUCUACAUCCCGGCAAAAUCUGGACACCAUUGUUCAGGCAAUCCAGCACAUUGAGGGCACCCAGGACAAGCAGGAGCUGGAGGAGGAACAGAGACGAGCUGUGAUUGUGAAGUCGGUCCGCAGCUGCCCAGAGGCUCACACCUCCGAUACCGCCUCGGACUCUGAGGCCUCGGACAGCGACGCCAUGGACCAGAGCCGGGAGGAGCCUUUGGGGGACGGGGAGCUUCCCUGACCACCCCCAGCCCUCCUCUCCCUUCUGGGGCUAGAGGGGGCCGGGGUAACAACAGGGAGAAACAUGGGUGAAUGAGUGAGGAAUUUUUACAAAAUUAUGAUGUCAUUUGGGUCUCUUUUAUGACCUCUUUUUCAAUACUGUAAGUCGACCUUUGAUCGAAGCCACCCAAGCCCAGGUCCCGGGGUUGGGGUGGCAUAGCACGCGUGGGAGCAUCGGGACUCCAGGGCUGGGCCUCGGCCCUGGGGCCGGGGAAGCUGACACUGAGGUGCCGGGUUUUUCUCCGCCAAAAAGCUUUUUCUGUUUGUUUGUUUGUUUUCCUUCCAUUUAAACGUGUUUUUAAGAACAGGGAAAAUCAAACAAAACCCCAAGGUAUUUUCCCCCUCCCCAGGACCAGCCCGAGACUGUCAGUCUUAGCCCCCUUCCCUCCUGUUUGGUUUUCUUUUUUCUCUUUUAAGCACUUACAUGGGUUGGGGGUCAGGCUGGGUUGGGGCUUUCUGGGGACCUGGGGCUUUACAAUGUUUCUCGGUUGGGGGUUGCUGCUGCCAUUCUCCCCUCCCCCUCCCCACCUCAGCACCAGAAUUGGCCAUUCUCCACUACCACCUUCCCUCCAGGGUUUCCAUCAUUGACCCCAAAAAUGUCUUUGUCUCUCUUUUUGUUUUGUUCGUUGUUGGUUUUAUUUUGGUUUUGGUUUCUGUAAUUUUUUAAAUUUUUUCUUUUUCUUUUUUUUUACACAAUUUUGAGGUCUUUGUGUCCAAGGAGAAGCUAUUAUAUUUUGUUAAGAAAGUGGGGGUAGGGAACAAAAUACCAAGAGGCCAUUGUGCCUUUGUAAAGAAACAAAAUAAAAUUUGUACUUUGUUUUUUAAA